UUACUUGAAACGGGCGAUAUUUCGCGCUUUAAAACAGUAAUACGAUUUGAGUGAAAAUUCUGAAACUGUUUUGGCUCCAAGUAGAUUUUUUCAUUAAUGUAUGAUCUACCUGCGUAUUUCUGUGCUGAAAAGGCGGUACUAUUUAUUCAAAGUAGAAUGUAAACGAAGGUUGACUUCGCAGACAAAUAGGAGUACGCUACAUACAUAUGUACAUACUUACAUAUAUAGGAUACAGUACAGAAACCAUCUGCAUUCAGGCUUUGCUUUAAGUAAAUAACCAUUGCGAGGUAGCAUUGAGUGUGAACAAUAACAGACCAUAGUGGAUUAGCAGAGCUCUUAACGUUGAAGGAAAAAUUUUAUGGGAUAUCUGAGUUUACAAUAAAGAGUCCAGGCAUGUUAUCGGCUGCAUUAGCGGAAUUCAUUUUCCUACCCUUAUUUUAGCAUACGCAGAGUCCAUUGAAUAUAUAACAGCAAGCAACUUCAGGGAAAAGGCCAUUCAUCUCUGUACGAUCUACUAGUUCACACACAUCAUAGUGUUAAAUUUUAAAUUUUAAACAGCGAAUCUUCGUACAACUGACAAAAUGGAGCGUAAUUCAAUGAAUAUUCCAUUGGUUAACCAACACGUUAUCCAUAACACACACCAUCAUCAGGCAGAAAUAAUAUAUUCAAGUACAGGCGGAUCGAGCCAAAUGCGAUAUUUUUGUGAACGCCCGAUGAUGCUCAAUACAUGGACACAGACGUCAAAUGCGGAUCUCGGCAUUAGAGAUGACUAUAUAAAUAUAGAGGAGCAAAAGCAAAGAGAGAAAGAAUUAUUAGAAAAAAUACGGGAUCUUGAGUCAAAACUUCGUACUCAGUCAGAAAUGCUUUCGCAACAACCAGCAGGUGGACGUAGGAGAAACUCGAAUCCAAAAAAAGCUAGAAGCCCGAGACAACGGUUACAAGAAGUAAUCGUAGAUCAAAUACCUGUCCAAAUACAUGAAAACCAUCCCCAAGAUGUACAAAAUCAACAGGAUGAACAAUAUACAGAAACAAAAUUUCAGAUAUAUAAUACUCAUGUGAGUCCAAGGAAUGUACAUUGUGAGGAAUUGUCACAAACCCAUACAUCUUCACAACACCAACCGGUGCAGCAUUCUUCAGAGCAGCAGACUAUUAUGCAAACUCAGUAUAUGUCGCAAAAUAUGGAUGUAUCUAUUCAACCUCAGGAAUUGCAGAUUGAUACUAUACAAGAUCGACCACGUAAGGUGAAUUACACAAUAAUAGCUGAUGGCGGUGUCAACGGUCAAGAUGGGCCCAUAGAGAUAGAAAUUGCCGAAGAAGAAAAUGGCUUAAACUUAAAUGGUUCUGCUGAUUCCGACCGUUUAGAAAUAUGCUUGGCUGAGGAACAGCCUCAAACGCCAGUAAAUGUUAAUUAUAUUAAAAUCGAUAAGGAUGCGGAACAGAAUCAACCAAUUCCUGUUCAGAAAGCCUCCGGAAAAAGGAAACGAAAAGUGUCUAAAAAGAAUAUUGUUCAAAACACCGAUAGAAACAAUGGCGAUCUAGCAGAAUUCAAACCAGUGGUAUCAGAUCAUUCACAAUUCACAGGAAAUUGUGAAAUAUCUCGACAACAUCAGUUAAUAGUAGCGGAAGAUAACCACUCCAAUUUACCGAUUCUACAACAGCAGCAACAGCAACUAAGUGAAAUCACAAACGAUGUUCAGGAAUUUAGCACUUUAGCAAAUUCCGAAUUUAAAAAGAAUUCUUAUAUAUCGAUUGGGCCAAACAAUACCCGGGUACCGACUAAAAUUUACGAUAGUAUUAAUUGGGAAAAUGCAUCGAUGGCCACAAGAAAACUCAUGAUAGGAGUUUUCGAUCGUUUUACCUUAGCCACUCACUCAAUGACUGGAAAACCCUCUCCAGCUUUUAAAGAUCAUAAUAAACCACUCAAGAAAAGGUUAAACCCUUUAAAAGUACAAGACAUCAUAUUUGCAGUUAGUAGACGGAGUAAAGUAAACGAAAAGGAGGUGCGUACUGUUAUUACCACCAAAUGCGCCGAUGAAAAUAAAAUGUGGAAAUUAACACAGGCCAAACUCAAGGAGCAAAAGGAGCAAAACAAAGAAAAUGUUGCAAAUGUUGAAAAUUUAGCAAAUAUUCAAAAUGUUGCUUGACGUACAAUACAUAAUUGACUAGAAUAUAAGCAUUCAUAUAUCAUAUUAACUAGAUAAGAGGAACAAAUAAUCACAACAACUCUUUCAUUGAUACUUACUGUUAUAUAAGGGCUUAAGAAAAUUUCGUCGAUCUCGUAAAAAUUUGGUAAACAAGUACUAGAAUGAAUACCAAAGAUAAAUGAGGCCAAAUACAUUGCACAAUCAAAACAUUAAAAAUAUUUAUUUUAACUAUAUACUAUUGUAAUUAAUUGAAUUGGACAAAUUACCAGAGAUUUGUUUUUGUUAAGUAUGUACGUAGUUAUAAGUUAUUCAAUGAAUUGAUGAAAUGUUUCACAAUACUGCCUAUCUCAUAAUAAUGUUUAUUUAUAUGUAUUAAAAUACAUACAUAUACUUAAGUACAUAUCAUUUGUAAGUUUAUAUAUAAAUUUCUUUUUCCAAAAUUUAUUAUUGAGCAUUUUAUUCAAAAUGUAGUUUAUGGACAUACGUACAAAAACAAGACUAUAAAAAGGUAUAAAUUAUAUCUUCAUUUUACUAUACUUCAGAUUAGCAAAAACGUAUUUUUGUGCUUAAAUAUUAUCAAUUUAGAAUGUUGGUAUGCCGUUCUACCUGUACUAUAUGUUGUUUGUCCAAAAAAUAUAUAAAAGUGAAUAAAAGCAACACGA